AAAUUACAAGUGCAGCAGCGUUAGCUGAAGAAGUGUGAAAUGAGUGGCUUGGCACCAAGGUUCCUCUUCCUCCUUUCCAGUCCCCUCCCUCUGCUCCGCCGCCACCACCACCAGUACCACCGCAACCUCUUCCUUCUCUCUUCCCGUUCCCUCCGCCUCUCUGCUUCUCCUUCUUCCUUCUCUUUCUCAUCUUCACCUCUGCCACUCAAACUCAGAGCCUCCCACUUUUCCUCUGCCUCCUCAUCUCCAUGGCCCGAGUACUCCUCUUUCCUCUCUCACAUAUCCUCCGCCGGCUACCUCUCCUCCCUCCCCGAUGAAGCCUUCACUGCCGCCGCCCAACACCUCUCCUACUCCUUUCUCCGCGACGCCACCGCUUGCUUGGCCUUCGCACGCGACCGCCCUAACCUUCUCAGGUUGCUUUCUACGAGAGAUAUUGCGGCCGUGGUUGAGCACGGCUCCCCCUUUCUCUUCCGCGACGCAGAUGAUUCCGUCAGGAAGAUGAAGUCCUUUCUGUCCAACGGUGACGCCAAUGUGUUGGACACUGAUAGAGCAAAUACAGUUGACCUAAUGAAGUUUUUGCUGAGUUAUGCAAGUGAUCCAUAUGUCCCUUCAGAAGGGAACAGUCUCAAUGAAAGAAAUCUUCUUGAAUCAUCUGUCAGAAAUCUCUUUGGUGAACUUUUCAAACUGAGUUAUAGUGCACCGGGAUCAAACUCUUUUGAUUCAGUGCAAAGUCAAAUGUCUGGAAGAUUUGGAGAUGCAAAGCCUCCUGCACAAAAGAUUGAAAUGAAGAGGGGUGAUUGGAUUUGCCCAAGGUGUAAUUUCAUGAAUUUUGCAAGAAACAUCAAAUGUCUUGAGUGUGAUGAAGCAAGGCCAAAAAGGCAACUAGCUGGAGGUGAAUGGGAAUGUCCUCAGUGUGAUUUCUAUAACUACGGGAGGAACAUGAGUUGCUUAAGGUGUGAUUGCAAGCGACCUGGACAAAUAUCUUUGGGUGCCAUCAAUACCAUGUCAAAUAUGGAGUAUGAAAAUGGAAACAAUCCUAAUACUUCGGAUAUUGAUGCUAGGUUAGCUGCUAAUGAAGAAAAGGCACAGCGUUGGUUUAGCAAGGUUUCCCAACUAGACAGCAGUGCAGAUAUUAAUAGUGUAAUUGCAGAUGAAGAUUUUCCUGAAAUAAUGCCACUGAGGAAAGGAGUUAAUAGAUUUGUUGUGAGCACAAGAAAGACUCCACUGGAGAGGAGGUUGGCUAACGCUCAAUAUAAGAGAAACUUGUCCAAUUAUGACAUUUCUAGGACUGAGGAUUUUAGUGCUGGAGAGCCAAUCAAGUCCGAUGACAAUCUGGAUGACAUAGUUGGUCAUUCAGCUGGCCUUCCUCAAUAUGGCAAUAACAACUCUGAACAAAAUGCUGGCGGAGACAGGCAACCUCCAUUUGCUAGCAAUAGCAAUACUUCACAUUUUAAAAAUGUUCAAGGGAGCUACACUAGUACUGUUUCUCCCAGUCCAUUGUCUGUAGAUGCACUUGGCCCGAAGUCUGAGAACUUGCUAUCAGACGAGAGCAAAAAUGUGGUGUUAGACACUGAUAUCGGAUAUGCUAGUUUGGGAGACAGUUCACAACUUUCUAAGAAUUCUACAAAUAUCACAGAGGAUAAGGAGAAAGAGCAAGCUGAAAAAACUGAGAAAUGGUUUAGAAAGAUUGCUGAGCUGAAUGAUUUUCCAGAUAUGACAAGUGCAAUGUCUGAUGAGGAUUUCCCUGAAAUAAUGCCCAUGCGUAAAGGAGAAAAUCGAUUUGUUGUUAGCAAGAAAAAAGAUCGUUCUUUAACAACACCAGCAUAUAAGAGACAAGUGGCCAUGGAGCAAGCUAGCAAAACCAACUUUGUUCCGUUUGUCCCCUUCCCCCCAGAUUACUUUGCUAAAAAGGACAAGCCGCAGGCAGAUGGAACAGAUUCAAUGGAUAGGUCCAAUGAUGGUACAUCUUCCAUAUCUGAGGUGGCAGAGAAGGCUUCGGAGAUAUCGGAUGAUGCUAGAGCUCAACCAGGACAGAGUCCAAAGUCUUCUGAACAGAGCUCAAAUAACAAUGAUAUUGGCUCUAUGCCUUGGUCAGGAACCAGCGGAAAUUCAAGGCGGAGUUUCAAUCAAGAUCUCGUUCCAAAUUUGACUGGGAGUUCAUCCCCAGGUACAGCAUCUGACAACCAGAGUGGUAAAGCAGAGUGGACAGGGAAGAGUUUGGAGGGGUCUGCCGUGAAGGAACCAGAUCCUUUGGACAUGUCAGAGGAGGCAAAAGCAGAGAGGUGGUUCAGGCGUGUUGCACAAAUUAAGGAUAUAUCUGAGCUCAGUCAGAUUCCAGAUGAAGAUUUUCCUUCAAUAAUGCCUAUGCGCAAAGGGGUGAACAGAUUUGUUGUAAGCAAGAGGAAAACUCCGUUGGAAAGGAGAUUGACAUCUCAGCAAUACAGAAGAAAUCUACCAACUGUGAGCUCAGAUCCAAGUAAAAACGAAAAUGAAGGGAGCUGAAAAGUAGUAGUAGUAGUAUUAAUUAUUUUACCAUUUUGCUUCCUUUUUUCUUUGUGAAGCUAAAAUGUUGCCAAAUAUUGAAAAAGGAUGACAAGAUGCUGGAAAUCAUCGAGUAUUAAAACCUUUCAUUUUUUGUAUUUUCUGGUUUUGUUUCCAAUGUAGGAAUCCAGUUUCCUGUUG